AUGGAUAACGAAGGCUCUGAAAAGUCCGCUCAACCAGAGCAGAUUACUCAAGUCUCCGAUGCAGGUCUUGCUUGCAAUUGCUGUCGGAGACGUAAGCUGCGAUGUUCGCGAGAGACGCCAAUCUGUGAGCAUUGUCGUAAGACUGGGCAAGACUGCGUUUAUGAAACGAAACGAGCAAAGUCCGGCAUGAAAGCUGGUGCCAUUGAGAACGUACACAAAAGACUUGAUGCAUUGGAACGAACGAUUGCAAAACAACAGACCACAUUGGAGAGCUUGCGCUCUGGAGAAACGUCGACAAGUCACACAAACCCACGCCAAGAGACCAUAGAUGAGCAAAGCCUGUUGUUUUCUCUUGCAAAAGAAAUAUGUAAACUUGGCAACCCAUCGUUUAGUGAUGCUUCAAGUCGAAGCAACGAACCUAUUUGUAAACGCCGUCGGACAGAAAGCGAUAGUGGACAACGACCAAGAUCACGGGUCAAGGCCUACCACCAAACUUUACCAAAAGGCGACACUCUUGAUCAAGUAAUUGAUGCAUACUUUCGACAAAUUCAUCCAUGGAUACCGAUGAUACAUGAAGCUCGAUUUAGGAAACGACUGCAAGAUCAUAGCGACGAUGCAAAUGUCCUACCACUUCUGAAUGCUAUACUAUUAAUUGCAUCUCAUCAUGUACCUGAAAGGGAUAUCGCGGAGAAUAUGCAGGGAAUCAUUGGUGAUCAAGACGACAUGAGGGAUUGGGUAAUUUCCAAAGCUACUAGGAGUCUGUCGGUCGAGAACCUACAGGCUCUGAUAAUUAUCUGUUUUCGCGAUAUUGGUGACGGUGAAGAAAUUCGAGCAUGGCCUCUCAUCAGUGCUCUGACCCGUAUGGUUGAAUAUCUGCAGCUAACAAUAGAAUGUGAGGAAGUUGAUCGAUCAUCAUUCUCUCGCCCAUACACAUCGUUAAAUAUUUCGCAUAGCUGGACAGAAGCUGAAGAAAGACGGAGGGUCUUCUGGUGUGUGUUCAACCUCGAUCGAUACUGUUCAGUCACCACGGCUUGGAAUACUAGCCUUACAUCCGACGACGUCAAUCGACGUCUACCAUGUGAUGGAAUAACUUGGCGAAAAGAAGAAACUGUUUCUACACCAUACUUUGGUAUAUGGGAUAAAUCAGCCGGACGUAUUGGAAAUCCCAUUACCUUUCUCCCGUCACACUCCAGCGGUGCACCAGCUACCGUGGAAGAAGACAUCAUGACCCCAUCUGACGCAAUGACAUCUCCAGGAGCAGCGACAUCUGCCAUCGAUAUGUCGACGGUUGGAGCUUUUGCUUAUUGCAUAGAAGCAACCGAGUCGUUGAGUCGUGUCACGAGUUAUUUCCUCCAGCAAAAGGUCAAUAUUAAGGACCACAAGGAUCUGAGCAGCUGGCUUACACGAUUUAAAGAACUUGAUGUUCGAUUGGUACAUUGGAAAAUGUUACUUCCUAAAAAGUGGAAAGUCAACGUUGCUCAGCAGUCGUCCAGAAUGGAUCCAAAUCUCACUCUCGCCCAUAUCACGCACAAUGCGUCUAUGAUCUUGCUGCACCAACCCAUUGCCUUUCCGCCUUUGGAUUGGAGUUUUAGAACGAGGCUUCCCAGUUUCUGCAGCCUUGACACUUGUCAAGCGGCUGCUAUCGAGAUUGCUACAAUAACAAACCACUAUCUCAAACCCGCCGCACAUACAGGUCCUCUGAGCAAUCAGUUUGCUUUUUGUGUGUAUCUUGCUGCCAGAGUCUUGCUUUUACAUUGGCGUUAUUGCGCAACAGACUGUCUAUUACCUGAGUUCUGGAUAUUGACACAAAGCUUAGAGACCAUGGCGAAGCGGUGGGCGGGACCUCAUCAGCUUAGCGCUCGGGAGAACUUGGCUUCGAAGUAUCAGGUUGUUCUUAUCAAUUUGCACACUCGUUGUAUCCAAGAUGAAUCUUUCAGUAUUGAUCCUUCAGCUUAUACUACUGAGGUGAAGCACUCGAAAGCUGCUUCACAAUCUUUAGGCGAGACACCUAGAUCACAAGACCAACAGGCGAUAAGACCUUUGGAUCACGAUAACGGACACCCGCCGCUGGCUGAUGAGUAUUUUGAUGCCCCCAGCCAGAUGCUUCCCUUAGCACAGAAUACGGGUGUCACUAUUGUGCAAGGACCACAACCGCAGUACAUACCGCAGAAUGUGACAGCCAACACUUACUUCUCUGAUUCUACACCCAAUGUAGCCAAUGGUCAAAUAGGGCAACGAAGCGCUAGUAUAGGUAGUGGAGGUUUGGGCAUGAUUCCACAAAUGUUAUUUGAUGCAGAGUUUAUAGAUAUGGAUCGCGUUAUAAGUUUUGAUGAUGGAAUCUUUGAGACUGAACAGGGAGGCGGCCAUUUUUAA